UACACAAUUUAGUGAGUUACAGUCCUUACACACGCACACACACACAUGUCUGUUUGUGAACAUGUGUAUCCUGUUAUAUAGAGACGUAUUAUUAUUAAUAUUAUCAUUAUUAUUAUUAUUAUUGUUAUUAUUAUUAAUGUCUGUCUCAGUUUGAACAGUUUAUUCCUCAGGUUGGUCGCGCGGAACUUUAAUUGUGCGGAGCUUCUUCCGUGACGAACACAGUUCUGUGUUGCACAUGAUCAGGAAGUCUGCAUCAGUGCAGGCUCGUUGUCGGAGGGCUUAAUAAUUCACUUCACCUCCUCAUUAAUUGGCUUGGGUCGGCACUUUAUGUGGUGGAGCCCCUGCGUGGACCUGGAAACGGAGUGGAAGUGGGUAGGUAGAGGGUGUAGGGCCCCAUCAGGGACCAGGAGCAGGAGGAGCAGUAGAGGAGCGGAAUGGAGGAGGACAAGCAGAACCCGGAGCACCGGAGCAACAAGGUCCCCAGAAGACAAGCAGCAGGCUCGUCCUCUGAUAGCAGCGAUGUUGAAAAACAGAGAAAAAGAGGACUCCAACGUCACCGCUGUCAGCACUGUGACAAAUCCUUCACAUCACCUGGUGCUUUGAAGGUUCAUCAGAGAGUUCACACUGGAGAGAAACCAUACAGCUGUGACCACUGUGAGAAAUCUUUCACCACAUCAGGUUCCCUAAACAACCACCGACGUGUUCACACUGGAGAGAAACCGUACAGCUGUGACCAGUGUGUGGCAGCUUUUACACAGUUAAAUCACUUAAAGAUCCAUCGACGCAUUCACACAGGAGAAAAACCAUAUAGCUGUGAUGAAUGCGGGAAAGCUUUCAGCACUCGGGAUAGAUUGAAAAACCAUCAACGCACUCACUCUGGAGAGAAACCGUACAGCUGUGACCAAUGUGGAGCAGCAUUCUCAAAGUUAAGUAAUUUAAAAGGCCAUCAACGCAUUCACACAGGAGAUAACAGCUGUGAACAAUGUGGGAAAGGUUUCACCACCCUUAAGGACCUAAAAAUCCACCAGCGAAGUCACACAGGAGAGAAACCACACAGCUGUGAUCAAUGUGGGAAAUCUUUUGCAAGAUCUGGGGACCUCAUAAACCAUCAACGUGUUCACUCUGGAGAGAAACCUUACAGCUGUGACCAAUGUGGAAAAGUUCUGCGUACAUCAACUCAUCUAAAAAUCCACCAGCGGACUCAUACUGGAGAGAAACCAUACAGUUGUGAUCAGUGUGAAAAAGCUUUCAUCACACAAAGUCACUUAGUCAUACAUCGCCGCAUUCAUACUGGUUACAAACCUUCCUGGUGUGAGCUGUGCGGGAAAACUUUCAGCUCACAGAGCAACUUGAAAACCCACCAGCGCAUUCACACGGGAGAGAAACCAUACUGGUGUGAACAAUGUGGGAAAAUUUUCACCAGAUCAGGCGACCUCAAAAUCCAUCAACGAAGUCACACUGGAGAGAAACCGUACAGCUGUGACCAGUGUGGGGCAGCUUUCAGCACUCCCUGUAAUCUAAAAACCCAUCAGCGCUGUCACACUGGAGAGAAACCGUACAAGUGCGACCUGUGUGAGAGAUCUUUCACACAGUUAAGUAACUUAAAAAGUCAUCAACGCAUGCAUAAUGGAGAGAGGCCGUACUGGUGUGACCAAUGUGGGAGAACUUUUUAUCAUGGUAGUCACCUCAUAAAACACCAACGCCGUCACUCUGAAUCGUCUGAUCAGUCUUCAAAGCCCUCGGCGUUUCCUCCUGCCACCUCAACCUCUGAUAUCUGUGUUGUAAUAAUCUGAGCUUCUACACUGCAAGGUGAAUAAAAUGGUGCGAUUGUUCUGACAGUGCAACCAUGUGAGAGAGUCCCGCUGGAAUGUUUCUGGAUGUUCCUGUUGAGUUAUCACAGUCUGUCCUGUUCUAAAGUUGGAGGACUGUAAUCAUGUACCCAUCAGCCUGAAGUGUCCUCUCUGUGUUGGAGCAGGUCCGGGUAUAAGGAGUCGACGAUGAAAACCCUGACUGACUGAAGACCAGAAACUUUUCAUAAAAUAAUCUCAGCUCAAUGUACACUUACUGGCUUUCCCUGGAGCUUGUCGGGUCUUCUUAACUGUUGACUCAUCUUGGACCACUAGAGACCUCCCAGAGAGACUCCCUACAGUGAGGAUCGACCACAAACCUUUCAGACUCUUAAAGGAAAAUUCUGGCGAAAUUUAAUGUGAUAUAUUCACUAUAAAGUGAGAGUCUCUCUCCAUGGGAUUUUUAAAAAUAGCAGCCUUGUGCAUUUAGUCCUUCUCAGGCAAGCUCAGGGGUUUAGUGUUGCUGUAGCCCACAGGAAGUGAGGAUUAGAAUAUAUGACCUUCACAUAAUCCGCUCCAAAUGAAUCUAUAUUUUUAAAAUUAUUACUAAAAGUGUGUGUCAUAUAAAAACUAAAGUGAUGGCCAAAGUUGUCACAGUGAAAUUUAAGGUGUGCUGAUGGAUUCACGUCAUCAACUCAUGCACUGAGUAACAUUACAAGUUAACGUUCCACCUUAAAAGUUGCCGGCAGUCGGCCCAGUGAAUGAAGUUAUUUUUUUCUCUUUCAUUUUAUAGUUGCAGUUUACUGAUGUGUAGGCCUGUCACGAUAUGCGAUAAGUCGGUUAAUUGCACGGUAAAUUAAAAGGGAGACGGUAACUUUUCCGGCUGCGAUUAAUUGCCAUAUUCCUGCGUGUUUGUUUUUCUGUCUCUCUCCAUCAAAGAAACUGGACGACAAGAGCAUUCACUGCCGUGCAUCGUCUGGCAGCCAGGUGAGUUCAUUCAUUAGCGUAAUGAACAAAGGGAAAGCUCUUGUCAUCGAGUGUCUUUGUCUCUGUGGGGGAGGCGGUGCUAUGGGCCACACACACACACACACACACACACACACACACACACACACACACAGUGCGAUCUCCGUGAGGGGCAGACGAGGCGGAGAAAAAGAAAAAAAAACAGUUGUGCGUAAAAGAAAGACAGGGAACUUGUUCCUAAACCAAACGCCACGGCCCCUGUGUGGGAGUGUUUUGGAUUUAAACCAAAUGACAGAGGGCAGCCCAGUAAUUUGGACGAGCCGGUGUGCCGGGUUUGUUCUAAAACCAUCUCUACAAAAAGAGCGAAUACGACCAACUUAACUGCACACCUGAGAGAAACUGACAGUCUAUUUUUUUGUAUUUAUUUAUUUAUUUAGGUAUUUUUACGUGUUAUUUCAGAUAUUUAAAUUUUCUUUUUUGCAUUCCUAAAUAUUCUUGUUAAAUAAAUGUGUAUUUCUCUUUUAAAGGGUGCACUUACAUCAUUAUGCCGUUAUUAUCAUUAUAUAAGUUUAAAAAUGGUCUAAAAACAGCAAAAUUGCAACAAUAAUAAAAAUGGUCUUAAAAGCACAGUAUUACGCAAUAUUAUCGCUUAUCACAAUAAUUUCUGACGCAAUUAAUCGCCCAGCAAAAUUUGUUAUUGUGACAGGCCUACUGAUGUAUGAACAGAGGUUACAUAAAACCAGAGUUAGCGUCCUCUACUGACCAAUCAGACUGCAGGGUUUCUAGCUCCACCUUUUAGUACCAGAUCUGUGUGCUAGGUACCCCAACAGAGGGGGGACCAAACAUGGGGACGCUAAGGAACACUUCUGUUGGUACCAUCCACAACUUUACACUGUGGGAACAGAAACAAUGAGCUGAACCGGACUGCUUGGUGGAACCUGGGCUAAUCAUCCUGUGUUCCUGUCCCCUGGUAGAACCUGCAGGUUGUAACGGACACCAAAGUCUUCUGAGCUCUGAGCAUCAUCAACAAGUUAAAUACCAGAUCAAUAUGAUGUAUGUUAUCAUGUGUAACAUGUUUGAUGUCUUAUCCAGUGUCUUGCAUUGGUCCUGUGUUUGUCCACAUGUAGAAGACAGCUGAGUUUUUCUUGCUGAGCUCCACCUGUAUAAAGAGACAGAGACAGAAGUUGAGUUGAAGCCUGUUUGUUUCUGUGUGGAGGAUUGUAAUGUCCAUAUCAUCAGAUGAGUUCAGCCUUUAAUAAAACUAGUUUGUAGACUCUGCAGUGGGAUUAAAGUUCCUGGUGUUGGUCUUUGCUCCUGUCACAGUCUCACUACUAAAGCUCAGACGCUCCUCAGGAUCAGCUCCACAGUUUUACUCUCACUCUGUGAUGGUGAGUUGAGUUGGAGUUGUUAUUAAAGUGAUGCUGCCUCAUUAAACCAGGCGAGGUCCUUGAACACAGUCUCCAUCAGACUCUGUGAAAAUCUGCAGCACAUCCACUCUGUAGUUUAUUCAGCCUGUUACUGUUGUGGACGGGGCCGCGGCAAAACAGAUUUUGGCCAUCUGAAAAACUCAGUAUCAGUGUAAGUGUACGCUAUGUUUGAAUAUUUGCUCAGCUUUACCUCACACACUCACUAAAUGAGGCAGCAACGCUGUGCUCUGCUACAUAAAAUGAGUCUGGUGACUUUGAUUUAACAGCUUCAGAUAUCCAUCGGAAAAGACUGUCUGACUGCAAGGUAAAGAUUCAAGGUUAAAGAUAAACUUUAUCAUUCCACAAAGUAGGAAAUUUAUCUAAAUUUAUAAUGUUUGUAACGCGAGGAUUUUCUCCCUGCAAGUUCUUGUAAAUAAAAAUUGUGAUUUGGUCUAUAGCGUAUUCAUUCUUUGGUUUCACUGUAACGCCUGUUUACAUCCUGUUGUGUCAGCAAAUGUGAUUGUUGCUGUUGAACUUGUUUCCUGUCAGGGUCUCUGCUGUAAUAAUUGGAGCUGUUUUUAAUGUUGGACACAAAGAGACGCUCUGACUCGUCAUCUCAAACUGUUUCCAUCUGUCAGUGUUUGUUGAGCUGUUGUGAUCGGCCUCCUCAGCAUUAACAUUUAUUAUUUACACUAAUGUAAAGCAGCGUGUUGC